AUGGUUCCAAGACAGCAGAAUGCCCAGCUUCCUCUCUUUUUGCUGCUGGGGCUCUUGGGAAUGGUGAUCUCAGUCCACGCCCAAUUAACCCCGGCUCAGUGGUUUCAGAUUCAGCACCUAAAUAUGGCCCACCGUCGAUGCGAUGAUGCAAUGCGGGUGGUUAACGGUUACAAAAGGGCAUGCAAAGAUAAAAAUACUUUUCUCCACACAACGUUUGCUGCCGUAGCUCGUGUUUGUCACACCACAAAUGUAACCUGCCCUAGAUCACGGGAGACGAAUUGUCAUAGAAGCCCAUAUCCAGUGCCUGUAACCUACUGCAACCGCAUAAGAAAGGAAAACGAUUAUAGGAACUGCCGUUAUGGACAGAGAAGUAAUCGGAAGAUCUACAUCAUUGCGUGUGGAAACAGAUUACCACAGGACGAUGCCAGGUACCCCCUGGUUCCAGUUCACUUGGAUGACAUCAUCUAA